UGGAAGUAAUCUCAGCAGUUAAAGCUGCAUUAUAACCUUACGGUCGUUUGGACUAUGAAUGUCUUCCUUAAAUACCCGAUCUUCCUUUGUUUCUGCUCUUUUUCAGUCCCAAGCUGACAGAUUUAUGUCUGUUUUCCCCCUUCUUUUUUGUUUCCCUUUUUUCCUGGUCAACAGACUAAAACAAUUGAGCUUUAUUUUCAACUCUCCUAACCCUUCAGCCUAACACUUGCUCAAAUGGCCACUAGGAGCAGAGCAUCGAAGCCACGGAGGCAACUUGGAGAACUCCUCCAAGAACAGCAAGAACCUUUUGUCUUAGAGGUUUACCUUUCAGAAAGAGGGUGUGUGAAAAAGAAGUUAAUUUCAGGUGUUAACUUCAACUUCAGCUGCUGCCAUGGCAAUUCGGCCAAGUUUUUAAACAAGUCUGGUAGUCAAAACGACAGAAAGAAGGGUUCUCCACAAUUUCCCAAGGUGCUUCAAGUUAUACUACGUAACAAGUUCUUUAAAAUUAAAGGCUUGAGAACCAAGAAUUCCGAUGAUGAAGAUGGAAAGCUUAGUGUCGCUGAGAUCCAUAUAAAUACUCAAGAAACUGCAGAGGCAGAUAGAUUUUCAUCUGCUAGCAGCGCAACUGUGUAUAAUUCAUGCUCGGAUAGUGACAUAGACGAACCACGGAUGUUUACCGACACUUCCAUAUCGGACCACAAACUCGACGAUGAAAGUGAAAAGAUGGCUGCUGCAGAUUCAAAGUUGGAAUGGAGUUGCAUGGAAGAAAAUAAACAGCAUAGCCCUCAGUCAGUAUUAGAAGAAGUAUAUACUUCAACAAGCUCCCCACUCGAUACUCCAGGAAAGGUCUCCAGCACAAAGCUCUUCAAGGUGGACUCAAUACUGUCACCUUGGCUCUUGAAUUUACUUCAAACCAGGGCAGAGAAAUCAAGCUGUGAGGGUUUAAAACAACACAAAAUGCCUAGUUCUUCCAGGCCUUCAAGAUCGAAAAGGGUUUCGCAACAAACAAAGCAGCUUCCCGUUGAUUGCAUUAAGGAGUUGGUAGAAAAUAACCGUGGCAAAGAACAGAAAGGCAAAGGAAAAGGGUUCAAAGGGUCUGCUGAGGUGAUUCGAAGGGUGAGGUGUGAGAAUAUGAAAGGAUGGGGAAAACGACUCGGAGAUGAAUCCAUUAUUAAGCAAUUGUUGGAAUCAGAUAUAAUGAAUUCAACCCAAUGGAGGAAUGGUUUUGAAUCCCGGAAAUGGAAUAUCGGGAUGGUAGUUGGGAGCUCUAUUGUAGAGGAGAUUAUAAGUGAAUUUGUAAUGGACAUUAUGAAUGUCUUAUAGCUAAGAUGUAGAUUGCUUGCUUGUUUCAAAA